CAAAGUACAAACAUGUCUCAACCAAUGGAGCCUUUACCAGCUACUGAAAUUAGUCCAAAGUUGGGAUUGAUGCAUCAAGAUACUGCCGGAAAACAUGUUUACGAGUCUUCUCCGACGGCUCUUACUCUUAAGUUUAAAAAACACCUAGAUUCAAUUCCUUCAACGAUGUCUCUCAACAAUAUCUUUGUCCGAUUUGGGCCUCUAAUUAAAUGGAAGACUGAACGGCUAGAGAAGACUAAACGUGCAAAAAUUGUUUUCCAAAGACGUUGCGACGCAGAAGAUGCUUUUAGUAGUGUUGAGUUGAAUAGCAUAUUUGGAGAUUCACUUCAAAGUUUCCGCCUCAAGAUUCUGCCUAAUACACUAAAGAAAGGCACAGGAAAGAGAGGAAGAAAAAGGAAAAAUCAAACAAGUUUCGAUCAGGAUGUAGUUGCAGAUUGUUGCACCACGCAUUGAUCCUUCUUCUACCUCAAGUUCUUGGUUUUAUUUCUUUUAAUCAAUAAAUCUUAAUAUUGUUAAUUUUUAUGUCGAUUAUUUAUAGACAUUCUUAGUUUUAGCUAGUAUUUUGAUAAUUGUGUUCCAUGAGUUAUCAAUGUCUCUCGUAUUAGAACUUGAGCCGUUUAUUGUAUGAUUGUGAAAGAUAUAUACUAUAUAGCUUA